UAUUUUUCUUAUCUCAUCUAUUACAAGCUAUCUUGUUCGUUUAUCUAAUGAAAUGCCAAAGAAUCCUAUUCCUAUAUGUGGAUUUAUAUAUCGUUUGAUUUUUGCUAUUUCUAAUUUUAAUGAUGUAGUUGUAUCGUAGUUCUUGGAUGGAGUCCUUUUUCUUAGUUGGUUAUGUUUGGUUGCACAAGCUGCUCCACCACACCAUGUAUGGACAUUGGACAAUAUCGGUUGAGAAUUAGAUUGUAAGGCACAUCUUAGAUCUUACAUAUGAAAAAGUGGAAAACGUACAGAUAGUGAGCAAAGCCGUUGCUUUUUCUUAGUGUUUAAAAGAUAUUCUUUGAUACUCACACACUUAAAAAAAAGUUCUGACAAAAUAAUGGUGACAGCUUUAUUGUGUUCUGUUUACUUUUGGAUGUUCCAUUUCGCAUCUUCUUCUCGGCAUAGUACUUUUUUUUAUUAAGUUUUAUUCUUGGGCCUUAAUGGUUGCGCGCGAUGGCCUUCUUCUUCCUCCCUCCUCCCUCCUCCCUCCAUAUGAGCAGCCAUCCACCAGCAUCCAACUCGCACGCCGACCAAAGCAGCAGUCAAACGAAAAGGCUGACGAGCCCCAGCUCUUUCCUGACACAUGUCGCGCGCGUCCUCCCUCACCCUCCUCUUCCUGCUGCUCCUCAUUGCAAUCCCGCCCGCCACCUCGGCCACCCCGCCGGCGUCGAACACCUCCGCCGCCGCCGUCCUCCUCUCCUUCCUCGCUGCCCUGCCGCCGGCCUCCCAGCGCCUCCUCCUCCCGUCAUGGAACACCAGCGGCGGCGGCGCCAACUCGGCCGCGGCCGGCGCGCAUUGCGCGUUCCGUGGCGUCACCUGCUCCGCGGCCGGCGCCGUGACCGCGCUCAACCUCACCGACGCCAGCCUCGCAGGGGACCUCGCGGCCUCGGCGCCGCUGCUCUGCGCGCUCCCGGAGCUCGCGGCGCUCGACCUGAGCCGGAACAACUUCACGGGCGCCGUCCCCGCCGCGCUCGCCGCGUGCUCCGGCGUCGCCACGCUUCUCUUCCCCGGCAACGCGCUCUCUGGCGCCCUUCCGCCGAAGCUGCUCUCCUCGCGCCAGCUCCAGAAGCUGGACCUCAGCUUCAACGCGCUCGCCGGAGAGAUCCCGGCGCCCUCCGCCGGUGGCUCCUCGCCUCUGCAGUACCUCGACCUCAGCCACAACACCCUCUCCGGCGCCAUCCCUUCCGAGCUCACCGCGCUCCCGGAGCUCAACCACUUGGACCUGGGCUUGAACCGCCUCUCCGGGCAAUUGCCAGAGUUCCCGGUACAUUGUGGGCUCCAGUUCCUCAGCGCCUACGGCAACCAGAUCGCCGGUGAGCUCCCCCGGAGCCUCGGCAACUGCGGCAACCUCACCGUCCUGUUUCUGUCCACCAACAAGAUUGGGGGAACGGUGCCAGAUAUCUUCGGCUCCCUACCGCGACUGCUGAAGCUGUACCUUGCCGACAAUGCUUUCACCGGGGAGCUGCCGGCGAGCAUCGGCAAGCUUGUCAAUUUGGAGAAGCUGAUGGUGUCCACAAACGGGUUCACUGGGCCUGUCCCGGACUCCAUUGGGAAUUGUCAGUCACUGACAACAUUGUGGAUGCAUUCCAAUCAGUUCAACGGCUCGAUUCCGGCGCAUAUUGGCAAUCUCAGCAGAUUAGAGUGGUUCACUCUCAAGGAUAAUCUUAUCACAGGCACUAUUCCGCCCGAAUUAGGCAAGUGCCAGGAAUUGACCCAGCUUGAGCUCCACAACAACUGCCUUUCUGGGGUCAUACCGCCAGAGAUCGCCCAGCUAAGGAAGCUGAAACUGCUGUCCCUCUUCAAGAACAGGCUUGAGGGACCUGUCCCCGCGGCAUUGUGGCGAAUGGGUGGCUUGGACGAAUUGCAUCUCUACAAUAAUAGCCUAAGUGGAGAGGUUCCUGCAGAGAUUACUCUUAUGAGUAGCCUAAGAAACCUCACCCUUGCAUACAACAACUUCAGCGGUGAGCUCCCACAAGCCCUUGGCUUCAACACAACGCCAGGACUUCAGUCGCUUGAUUUCACUGGCAACCACUUCGGUGGUACAAUUCCAUCUGGCCUCUGCAGUGGAGGUCAGCUGAAGGUUCUCGAUCUUGGGCACAACCAAUUUACUGGGGGCAUUCCCAGUGACAUUUUCAAGUGCCAGUCUCUCUGGAGGGUCCAACUGGGGGACAAUCUAUUCACUGGGAGCUUGCCUUCAGAUCUGGGGAUAAACACUGGGUGGUCUUUUGUGAAGUUGAAUGGCAAUCGGUUUGAGGGAAGGAUACCAGGUGUGUUUGGUUCAUGGCGCAACCUCACAGUACUUGAUUUAUCUGGCAACAAAUUCUCUGGUACAAUACCACGUGAGCUCGGUGCUCUAAGCAUUCUUGGGGUUCUGCGCUUGUCGUCAAACAGACUGACAGGAUCAAUACCACAAGAGUUGGGAAACUGCAAGAGGCUUUUCCAUUUGGAUCUCCAAAACAACUUUCUUAAUGGAAGUAUACCCACAGAGAUCAUAGCACUAGAUAGUCUGAAGAAUCUUUUACUUGGGGGAAACAAGCUCAGUGGAGGGAUUCCAGACUCCUUUGCUGCAACUCAGGAUCUUCUUGAGUUGCAGCUUGGCAGCAAUUCUUUGGAAGGAGCUAUCCCAUGGAGCUUAGGCAAUCUUCAGUUCAUCUCCCAAAUAGUAAACAUCAGCAACAACAGAUUGAGCGGCCAAAUCCCAAGUAGCCUCGGCAACCUAAAGAUGCUGGAAAUGCUUGACUUGUCCAAGAAUUCUUUGUCUGGCCCAAUUCCAUCACAACUGAACAACAUGAUCUCUCUAACUUUUGUGAACUUGUCGUUCAAUGAUUUCUCCGGUCAGCUCCCUUCUGGCUGGGUUAAGAUUGCUGAACGGUCACCAGAUGGCUUCUCGGGAAAUCCUCAUUUGUGCAUACAAUCUGAAAAUGCACCUUGUUCCAAGAAUCGGUCUGGGAGACAGAGAAGGAGCAACAUUCGAAUAAUUGUAGCAUUGCUAGUGUCAGCUCUCGCUGUCAUGGCUUCUGGGCUAUGUUUUAUUCAUUACAUGGUGAAGAGGUCGCGGCGUCGAUUGGCAAACCAUGUCUCAGUGCGGGGCUUGGACACAACAGAAUUACCAGAAGACUUGACCUAUGAUGACAUCCUCCGAGCCACUGAUAACUGGAGCGAGAAGUAUGUGAUUGGAAGAGGACGGCAUGGCACAGUGUAUCGGACAGAGUUUGCUCCAGGAAGGCUGUGCGCAGUCAAGACAGUUGAUCUUUCCCAGUUCAAGUUCCCAAUUGAGAUGAAGAUUCUUAACAUGGUAAAGCAUCGGAACAUCGUGAAGAUGGAGGGUUAUUGCAUCCGUGGCAACUUUGGCAUAAUUCUUUCUGAGUACAUGCCUGAGGGGACACUCUUUGAGCUAUUGCAUCAAAGGAAACCUCAAGUGCCCCUCGACUGGAAGGUCCGGCAUCAGAUCGCCCUAGGUGCAGCACAGGGCUUGUCCUAUCUUCACCAUGACUGUGUGCCUAUGAUUGUUCAUAGGGAUAUCAAAUCAAGCAACAUACUGAUGGACACUGAGUUGGUGCCUAAGUUAGCAGACUUUGGCAUGGGCAAGAUUGUAGGUGAAGAUGAUGCAGAUGCGACAGUGUCUGUUGUUGCUGGCACCCUUGGCUACAUUGCUCCAGAGCAUGGAUACAACACAAGAUUGACUGAGAAGAGUGAUGUCUACAGUUAUGGUGUGGUGCUACUCGAACUCUUGUGCAGGAAGAUGCCCAUUGAUCCUGCAUUUGGAGACGGUGUGGACAUUGUGGCAUGGAUAACAUCAAACUUGGUGCACGAAGAUCACUGCAGCGUGAUGAACUGUCUGGAUGAGGAGAUCUUGUACUGGCCCGAAGAUGAGCAGGCAAAGGCAUUUGACUUGCUGGAUCUGGCGAUAUCCUGCACUCAAGUGGCAUUCCAAUCCAGGCCAUCCAUGAGGGAGGUGGUAAGCAGCUUGAUGAGGAUAGAAGAUCAGUAUAGCAAAUGAAGAGAAGCUGUCAAUUUAGUUAUAUAUGAGAUGAAAUGUCUUCGAAUAAUGAUGCAUAUGAUUGAAACCACAAUUGUACAGUUUCUUAAAGGGUGCUGUGAUUAUUUGUCAAAGAUUUAGCUUGAUAUUGUACAAACUAGACUCAGAAACUACAGUAAACAGCAUCGCAGAAAAAAAUGUUGAUUAUCGCUAACAAUAUUGGUUACAGCAAGUGAUCGAGGUAUCAAGUACUAUAUUACAGCAUCAACCAACUCCUGGUUACUUCGAUCAUGCUUCUGAUCAGCCUGAUGCAUUUGCAGUACUUUGUCAAAGGCAUGUUAUUAUCAAUAAUAGAGUAAUCUUACUGUUUCAAAAACAUCAAGUUUAUAUUCCCCAGAGGGAAAAGCAACAGAAGAAGCAUUCGACACAUUUGAAGUUUAUGCUUCAUUUAGAACCCAAUCUGGAUACAAGCAACAGUGUAAAUUACAAUAUCGAUUCAGACUGUGUUACCUAAAUGUCCAUCGAGCAGUUUGGGGGCAUGGAGAAAAGUGUAUUAAGAGGCUGCAUUCGUAGUGUGACCAUUAGGACCUGCAAUUGGUUUGGCUCUUCGUCUCCAUGGACUAUGUUUCUGAAAAUUUUGAGAAAAAAAGGUUGCUAUUCAGGCUCGGAAAGAUAAACGGAGGCCUAAUCACAGAGUCUGAACAGCUUCUGUGCCCACUCAUCCUGCAGACCUGCACGGCAUCUUAAUCCCUGGCCUCUCCAAGAUACAAGAGCACCCGUCGGGGAGGGAGGCAGGCAGAAGAGGGAUACGGGCCGAACAAAAACUACAUCCCGUAGUUUCACAUUGUCAGCAUUUGCUUGGCUGAGAUUUGAAGAUAACGAUUGCACCAUUGAUGGAAAAAAUUGGAUGCUUCCCCUUGGUAAUUUAUUCUUGGAUCAAUGUGUAAUUUAUGGAUACUGGUACAUUUUUGUGUAAUUUAUGAAUACUGGAGUGCUUUGUGAACAAGUGAUGAAUGUGAUCAUGUUCUUGCUUCAAUGUUUGAAUGUUCAGGAGCUCCAUUUA